AUGUAUUUUUUCGAUAAUAUGAGCUUUUAUUCUGCACAUGAAUCUGACUCAAACUGCCCUGUUAGAGUUGAGGAAAUCGAAACAAAAAAGGAAUUCGAGGAAAAUAAAGAGUCAGAAACAUAUGAAAAUAAUUCUAUGAAUGGUAAACACUCUUUUAAUACCCACAAAGGUUCAGCGAUUUACGCCAUUUGUGAUGUUGUGGAUGAUGAGAAAAGAUUAAAAGAAAAUCACACUUUAAACAGAAAAUUAGUUUUAUCUUUACUGAGUGAUCAGAAUGUUUUGAGCGGUAAUUUUCUAAAUGAUGACAAGAUUCUGGAUCAAGAAGCCUUUUAUGUUACAAGAGUAACAUCCAGGCACAUAAGUCUUUUCCCCAACAAAAGCCGUUGGUGGCAUAAAGGCCAAGUUAAAUACGGAUACAGAAUAACUAAUUUGAAUGAAGAGACUGUUUCAAAGACGUUUAUCCCAGUUUUUGAGCCCGUAGAAGAUAAAGCAUGUCCAAUCUGCCUUGAGGAUUUAAUUUGUGAUUUAAUCUCUUUAAAAGGAUGCCUACACAUAUAUCACAGCAGUUGUUUUUUGGAUUAUGCCAUUAAAACUAAGAAACCAAAUGUAGUUUGCCCACUUUGUAAUUGCAUAUCAUUGACUGGAAAGGGACCUUCCCCUCCCGGGAAGAUGUCCUGGAAUGUUAAAAAGGACUUGAAACUACUUUCGAACGGGACAUUCAUGACAACAAUAGAGAUAAAGUAUAAAAUGAAGAGCGGAACUCAGCUAAGGUGGCAUCCUAAUCCUGGAAGGCCAUACAAAGGAGUGUUUAAAAAGGCUUUUUUACCAAUUACAACGGAUUAUUUGUUUAUUCUGAGGAUGUUAAUAUUGGCUUUUUUGGAUGGUCAAACUUUUAGGGUGGAAGACUCAAUGGAAGAUAACUACGGCAGCGUAGAAUGGAAUGGCAUAGAACACAAAACAAACUUAGAAGGAGGAAUUGAAAAAGGAGGAUUCCCAGACAACAGUUACAAGUCAAGAGUAAUUGAAAAUAUAUUAUCAAAGGGUGUAACAAUGUGA